GCCCCUUUGACUUUUCCGACAUCUCAAAAAAAAAAAAAAACGGACAUCCAACAGAUGCCGUCUGAUUUCUCCUAUCUAACGGUCCUGAUCCUUCGACCGUUGUGUUCGAAAUCCCACCUUUCCCUUUCUGUCCGAAACCCCCAAAAGAUUUCAAAUUUAAACCAUACUUUCCUCAGCUUUCUUCUUAUUCUUCAGAUCUCACAAUAAUUCUCUUCUUCUUCUUCUUCUUCUUCUUCAGCUUCCGAGAGAAUUUCCCUCAUCUCCUUUCUUGCUUACCAUGAUUUUCUUUUUCAGAACCUUGUUUUGACGGAGAAUUUUGUCAAUUUCUUCUUCCCCUUUUCGAAUUUCUAGGUUAAAAUAGAUCUUUAAAAAAGCAAGAAAAAUGGUGAAAAUGGGGGCUGACCCAUCAUCAUCGUCUCCGGUGACUAUCACCGUCACUACUUCAGGUGGGAGUCACGGUGGCGUUCCGUUGACUAGUCCAAUUCGGCGUCAUUCCUUGUCGAAGACCCAAAACUCACCACUAAGUAAUGGCGCCGGAAACCGUCAAGCUUCCUCAAGCAGUGGAGGAAGGUACCUUUCCUUCCCACAAGAAACCACAGAGGAGUUUGUGGCUUACACUGUGCAUAUUCCUCCAACCCCAGAUAAUCGGAUUGUGUCCGAAUCGUCUCAGAGUAUUCCUCCUUUCGAAAGCAGGAAAAGCAGGGGAGAAAAUGGAAAUCCCAGUUUUGGGUUUGUUAAAGAUACGAUUUUUACUGGAGGGUAUAAUGCUGUGACACGAGCUCAUGUGAGGAAGAUCUCAUCUACGGUGGAGGGAGAAGUGGAGGAGGAGGAAAUGGCAGCGGUGAAAUCGAUGAUGGCGUGUGAAGUGAAUGGCUGCGAUGAGAUGGCUACUUUGGAGCUCCAGUGUGAAUGUGGGUUCAGGAUUUGUGCUGAUUGUUAUGUUGAUUGUGUUGAAAAUGGUACCGGUUCGUGCCCGGGUUGCAAAGAGCCGAUUAAGGGAGAUGUUGUUGAUGAGGAGAUAAUGGAGGAGAAGCCGAUGAGAAUCAGGUCAAAAGGGAAAAUCAGAAUGGCGAAGAACCUGUCUAUGGUUCAGUCUAUGAAGAAUCCGACUCGGUCUUUUAAGAAUCCAAAUCAGGAUUUUGAUCAUGCACAAUGGCUGUUUGAGACUAAAGGAACUUAUGGAUAUGGGAAUGCUGUUUGGCCGAGAGAAGACUAUGGUUCUGGAAUGGGAAAUGAAAACCCUCAUUACAACAAUCCGCCUGAUUUUACUGACAGGAGAAACAAGCCACUCACCAGAAAACUCGGAAUUUCCACUGCAAUAAUCAGUCCCUACAGGUAAAGAUUUAUCUGUGAUUUCCCUUUUUAGGACUUCUUAAAUAAGUACUUUGUUUUUGGCAUAUGUUUUCAUGAUUGUGCAAUUAAGGUUUUACUUUUGUAAUUUUGAUGAGGAUAUUUAUAUAGGUGCAUCUCUCUGUUCAAACUGUAUGUUUCUCUUGUAAAAUUAGAUUCAGAUUUUUGGGAUAUUUCUGUUUUAGUUAGAUUGAAACUGAGUUUGAACCUGGUUUAUGUUUUUGUUUCUUUCUUUGCUUGGGCAUAUGUAGAUUGCUUAUGAUUCUUCGACUGGGUGCGCUGGCCUGUUUCCUGACAUGGAGGGUUUCACAUCCUAAUCAUGAAGCCAUGUGGCUUUGGAUAAUGUCUGUAGUUUGUGAAUUUUGGUUUGCUCUGUCUUGGCUUCUGGAUCAGCUACCUAAGCUUUGUCCUGUGAAAAGAGUGACUGAUUUAUCAGUCCUGAAACAGAGAUUUGAAUCAUCUGACCCCAAUCUGAAUAAUCCUAAAGCCCUCUCCGACCUUCCUGGGAUCGAUGUGUUUGUUUCCACAGCUGAUGCAGACAAAGAGCCACCACUUGUCACUGCAAACACCAUUCUUUCAAUCCUUUCUGUUGACUAUCCUGUUGAAAAGGUGGCAUGUUAUCUGUCUGAUGAUGGUGGUUCCCUAGUAACAUUUGAAGCCCUGGCUGAGGCUGCGAGUUUCGCAAAAACUUGGGUCCCUUUUUGUAGGAAGCACAACAUUGAACCUCGGAAUCCCGAGGCUUACUUUAACCAAAAGAGUGAUCCUUUGAAGAACAAAGUGAAACUUGAUUUUGUCAGGGACAGAAGAAGAGUAAAGAGAGAGUAUGAUGAAUUUAAAGUGAGGAUUAAUGCCUUGCCAGAGUCAAUCAGGAGAAGAUCGGAUGCUUACAAUGCUCAAGCAGAACUUUUGGCCAGGAGGAAACAGCUUGAACUUGGUACAGAAGCCAUUAAGGUCCCAAAGGCAACUUGGAUGUCUGAUCGAUGUCAUUGGCCAGGAACUUGGUCAUCAGCAGAAGAAGGUCAUUCAAGAGGUGAUCAUGAAGGCAUUAUUCAGAUGAUGUUGAUGCCACCAAAUUCUGAACCUGUUUUUGGAAGUGACGAUUGCGAUGACUUAAUUAACACAUCAGAUGUUGACAUCCGUUUGCCUAUGCUGGUUUAUGUUUCUCGUGAGAAGCGCCCUGGUUUUGAUCACAACAAGAAAGCUGGAGCCAUGAACGCCUUAGUCCGUGCCAGUGCAAUUAUGUCAAAUGGUGCUUUCAUUCUUAAUCUGGACUGUGAUCACUACAUCUACAACUCCUCGGCCAUCAGGGAGGGAAUGUGUUUCAUGCUAGAUCGGGGUGGUGAUCGAAUAUGUUAUGUUCAAUUCCCUCAGAGGUUUGAAGGAAUUGAUCCUAAUGAUCGAUAUGCAAACCACAAUACCGUGUUCUUUGAUGUUACCAUGAGAGCUCUUGAUGGAUUACAAGGACCAAUGUACGUUGGAACAGGCUGCAUUUUUAGGCGAAUUGCGCUCUAUGGUUUCAGUCCACCUAGAGCUACAGAACAUAGGGGAUGGUUUGGCAGUCAGAAAAUAAAAACGCUCCUGCGAAAGAAAUCAUCCAAGUUGCAGCAAAAGGACGACGCAGAGAUGCUUUUACCUAUCAUGGGUGAUGAAAGUGCUGAUGAUGAGUUCACCAAGGCAACACUUACGAAACAAUUUGGCAAUUCAUCUUCCCUGGUGGACUCCAUUGCAAUAGCUGAAUUUGGGGGAAGACUUCUUCAUGAAUUGAGAGGAAAGGGUUGUCAGGGAAGGCCUGCUGGUUCUCUUGCUGUGCAGCGUGAGCCCUUAGAUGCUGCAGCCUUAGCUGAGGCAGUGAGUGUAGUAACUUGCUUCUAUGAGGAUAAAACUGAGUGGGGGAAAAGGGUUGGAUGGAUAUAUGGUUCUAUCACAGAAGAUGUUGUUACAGGUUACCGAAUGCAUAACCGAGGUUGGAGAUCGGUAUACUGUGUCACAAAAAGAGAUGCUUUCAGAGGUACUGCCCCAAUAAACUUGACAGACAGGCUCGUUCAGGUCCUCAGGUGGGCAACUGGCUCAGUUGAAAUUUUCUUCUCCCGGAACAAUGCCUUGUUUGCCAGUCCGAAAAUGAAGUUCUUGCAGAGAGUGGCAUAUUUCAAUGUCGGAAUGUACCCUUUCACAUCUAUAUUCCUCAUGGUUUACUGCCUCUUGCCAGCUCUCUCAUUGUUUUCAGGUAAGUUCAUCGUCCAAUCCCUGAAUGUCACAUUUCUAGUGUUCCUGCUGGCUAUCACCACUACACUUUGCAUGCUUGCAUUGCUGGAAAUCAAAUGGUCUGGGAUCACUCUCCAUGAUUGGUGGAGAAACGAGCAAUUCUGGCUGAUUGGAGGCACAAGUGCACAUCCAGCAGCUGUAAUUCAGGGGUUGCUGAAAGUCAUAGCCGGAAUUGACAUCUCAUUCACUUUAACAUCCAAAUCAUCAGCACCUGAUGAUGAAGAGGACGAGUUCGCCGAGCUUUACGAAUUCAGGUGGACAGCAUUGAUGGUUCCUCCCAUAACAAUCAUACUGAUCAACCUUGUGGCGAUUGCCGUGGCAGUUUCAAGGACCCUGUACAGUCCAUUCCCGCAGUGGAGCAAGUUACUUGGAGGGGUUUUCUUCAGCCUGUGGGUUCUGUCACAUCUCUAUCCUUUUGCUAAAGGCCUAAUGGGAAGAAGAGGAAAGAUUCCCACCAUUGUUUUCCUCUGGUCUGGGCUGAUCUGCAUUGUUCUUUCCUUGAUAGCUGUGUAUGUAUAUCCACCUUCAGGAAGACAACAGGGCGAUGGUUUCAGGUUCGAGUUUCCCUAGUAGUGUCUGGCUGCUGUUUUCGGACAAAGAAAAGAGUUGCCUUAUUCUCGGCAGCUCAGAAGUUUCAUGUUUUGUCUGUUGUUAGUUGUUUCUGGUUUGCUCUACCAUUUUUAGUCUAGUCUGUCUUUUCUUUGUUCUUAGCUAAUUAAGACAUAAGUUUUACAUUUUUCAGUUCAUUUUGUCUUGUGUACAAUUCAAGAUAUGACUUCAAGUAUUAAUAUUCAGUACUUAGAUAUUCAUAAAUCAUAACUGAGCACAAUAAUGCUUUCAAAUUCAUCCAUCCCAACUCUUAAAAAGGGAAGUUCUUGAUGAUACAAUGUCCUACAAAUGGAAUACUGUUCUUGAUCAUCCAAAAUAUAUUUGGCAAUUGUACCCAUUGGACUCAAUCUCAAUGUCAGAAACUAGUCCUAAAAUGA